UGUUCUCAAAGAUUUUUAUCCUUUGUAAUGGGAGAGCAAGAGGAUAAGCAGCAGCUCCCCCAAAGGAUUUCCCUUGGUUAUGUGGAACAAGUGAACUCAGAUUUGAUCAUGGCCUUGGCAAUGCAGCAGCAGGAGCAUGAGAUGGCCUAUACGACGCUUGGGACCAUCGAAAGUGAUAGCGACGAAGACGAAAGGUCUGAUUCCAAUAGCAACAAUGGUCUCGACACCAAUGCCUCCUUGCAAAGCCAAUUUCUUGCAGAUAAUGAGGAGACUACUGAUGAAAACGAAGAUAUGGACGAAGAUGACGAGGAGGGAUUUGAGGAUUUUGAUUUCGAUGAACUAACCUAUGAAGAGUUGAUUGCAUUAGGGGAAUUCAUUGGAGAAGAAAAGAGAGGGUUACCGUCGAACGAAAUACCUUCAUGCUUGCACUCGAGCAAGUUUCGAAGCAUCGAAAAUACAAGUGGUAUAGAUCGGUGUGUGAUUUGCCAAGUUGAAUAUGAGGAUGGUGAAGAAUUGGCUGCCCUUCCUUGUGAGCAUCCUUACCAUUCAGACUGUAUAGUAAAAUGGGUUCAAACCAAAAGGGUUUGUCCAAUAUGUGGCACAGAAGUUUCAUCCCCCAAGGCUUCUAAAAAUGCAUAAUCUCUCACAAAACUGUGAUAUUUCAAAUGGCAAAAGGGGAAGGGUCAAAUAAAUGUUCUUAUACUAAAAUCUUAUAAAUUCGUCCUCAAUAACUAUAGUUUAGUGAAACUCCAACGUAUUCAUCUAGGUUCCGAAUAAAAGUGGUCGAUCUUAGGCACAAAGUCUAAGACAUAUAGUUAUGAUUAUUA